CUUCAUCAACUAUGGAUUCCUCGUUAAAAUUCAACUACAACUGUGGUAGCAAUGUCUGUGAAAAGAGUGAGGUCCAGUUUGGAGCCAAUUUCUCGACAGUGCUCUUUUCUAUCGUCAUCUCUCUGAGUCUGAUAGGAAAUAUCCUCGUCCUUGUGAUCUUGGCUUUGUACGAAAACCUGAAAUCUCUGGCCAACAUCCUCAUCUUAAACUUGGCCAUCUCUGACCUCGUCUUCACCAUUGGUCUCUCCUUCUGGGUCACCGACCUCGUCUGGGGAUUGGUGUUUCCAGAUAUUGUCUACAAGUUUCUGACUUUUGUUCUUUUUAUUGGGUUUUACAGCAACAUCUUUUUCUUUACCACCAUGUCCGGCGUCUGCAAAUAUCUGACUGACGUCCAUCUGUUCAACAAAAGUUCUUUGGGUUUUCUGUCUCUCUCCAUGUGGAUGAUCAGUAUUGCACCAGCAAGAUUCCACACCUACCCCAUUGGUACACACAACAAUCAAUACUACACUAUUCAAGUGAAAAUUGCCUUGCAGAAUUUUCUUUUCUUUACUGCAUUUACAGUGAUUGCCUUCUGCUUUAUUCACAUGUUGAUAACGAUCAAAAGAACAAAGUCCAACAGAAUAAACAAGGCAGUUAUCUCAGUUUUCUCUACUGCAGCUGUGUUUUUCAUCGGAUGGAUACCUUACAAUGUCGUGAAUAUUUCAAGAGCUUUUGCACAUGAUUUGGAUCAGCUGUCAAAAGCGAACUUAGACCUUGCAUUUCAUGUGAGUCAGCACCUUGCUUUCUCCUGCUGCUGCUUGAAGCCUGUGGUUUAUGCAAUUAUAGAUAAAAAGUUCAGAAGCAACUUGAUGUCAUUAUUGCUUAAAGUCUGCAGGAGACAAAAUCCAGAUAAUGAAGAAGUGGUUGGAGUGCAAAACCCUUCUCAACCUCCGUAA